AUGCUGCGCGCGAUCCGAGGCGAAGACGUCGAGCGACCGCCGAUCUGGAUGAUGCGACAGGCGGGGAGAUACAUGAAGGUGUAUCAAGACUUGUGCAAAAAGCACACGACGUUUCGAGAGCGAAGCGAGACGGUGGAUCUCGCGGUAGAGAUCUCGCUGCAGCCGUACGAGGCGUUUAAACCCGAUGGGGUGAUUUUGUUCAGCGAUAUUCUCACGCCGUUGCAAGGGAUGAACAUUCCGUUCGACAUCGUAAAGGGAACGGGGCCGAUCAUCUUCAACCCGGUGCGCGAGAUGGACGAUAUCAAGAGCAUCACGCCGUUGGAGCCGGAGAAGAGCGUGCCGUUCGUCGGGGAGUCGUUGAAGGUGUUGAGAAAUGAAAUUGGGAACGAGGCGACGCUGCUCGGGUUUUGUGGAGCGCCGUUUACGUUGGCGUCUUACAUCGUCGAGGGCGGGACGAGCUCGCACUACAAGGUGAUUAAGAAAAUGGCGUUCGAUUCGCCAGCGGUGUACGAGGCGCUCAUGAAUAAGCUCACGGACGCCGUGAUCGAGUACACGCGGUACCAAGCGGACUCUGGGGCGCAAGUGGUGCAAAUUUUCGACUCGUGGGCAAGCGAGUUUUCGCCCGCGGAUUUCGAAGUGUACUGCCUGCCGUACCUCCAACGCAUCGUCGCCGAGUGCAAGCAAACCCACCCACACGUGCCGCUCAUCCUUUACAGCUCUGGAAGUGCCGGUUUCUUGGAGCGCUUAGCGACGACGAACGCGGAUGUUAUCAGCUUAGACGGGACGAUUGACAUGGCGGACGCGCGCGCUCGACUCGGUAUGGAUCAGGCGGUGCAAGGGAACAUGGAUCCGCUCCACCUCUUUGCGUCGCAAGAUUUCAUCACGAAAAAGGUGCACGAAACGAUCGCCAAGGCUGGAAACAAGAAGCACGUCAUGAAUCUCGGUCACGGGGUCAUGGUCGGCACCCCAGAGGAAAACGUUGGACACUUCUUCAAGACCGUUCGAGACUUCCGGUAUUAA